AGUGACCUAGACAAAAAUGUCAACGUGACAAUAUAGCCUACUAUAUAUCUAUGAUAGCCUACGACCAAGGUGAAAGUUAGCGUCAGACACUCUGGCUGCAAAAGAUGGCUUAACCCACAAGUGCUGACUGUUUGCUGAAAGGAUGAACACAGAUCCACGGGUCCUGGAGAAGCAGGAGCAACAGCAGCCCACUUAUCUGGCCCUUAGCUACAUCAACAGGUUCAUGACAGAUGCGGCCCGCCGGGAGCAGGAGACCAUGAAGAAGAAGGUUACGCCCAAACUGUCCCUGUCCAUCACUGGUGGAGUGUCCAGGAACAGCACAGCCACGCCUCCUCGCCAGACCAGCGGUAACCUGACGCCUCCCGUCACGCCUCCCAUCACCCCCUCCUCCUCCUUCCGCAGCAGCACCCCAACAGGCAGUGAGUAUGAUGAGGAGGAGGUAGACUACGAGGAGUCGGACAGCGAUGAGUCGUGGACAACGGAAAGCGCCAUCAGCUCUGAGUCCAUCCUCAGCUCCAUGUGCAUGAACGGGGGAGAGGAGAAGCCGUUUGCCUGCCCCGUCCCCGGCUGUAAGAAGAGAUACAAGAAUGUGAACGGUAUCAAAUACCACGCCAAGAAUGGCCACCGCACACAGAUCCGUGUGAGGAAACCCUUCAAGUGUCGCUGCGGCAAGAGCUACAAGACCUCGCAGGGCCUGAGACACCACACCAUCAACUUCCACCCACCUGUCUCCACCGAGAUCCUGCGCAAGAUUCAAGGCUAGAGCCCGGCUCACACCAAUCACUACCCCAAACACAGCCCUAUCCUGACUCUCCUUUCCCUGACCCUUUUGUACCAAUCCCGCACACUACAGAAUCAAGUGCGUGCUUUAAGUUGUUUUAAUUUUUUUUCUUCUUCAUCUUUUUGUUUGGAUGUUACAAUUGUUUUUCUUCUAUCCAUGUUAUAUCACUUGUAUUUUUUUUGGAGAAAAAGAAAAUGUAUCUUUGUAGUAUUUUUUAUUGUUGUACAUUUGCACAUUAGUAUAUGCUAUCACGUUAUUUUUUUCUCUAUUGUUUGACUUACAUAAGGUGCUAACUGUAAAAAACAGACAGAAAAGACUAAAAACAAACGAUAUGAAAGAGGAGGGGGAAAUGUAAAACAGAAGUGCAACCACGCCCAGCCCCUUUCCCCUGCUCGUCUUUGAGUGGGAUGAAGUUGACAUUAGUGCUGAUCUGAGUUCAGAAGUCGUUACACUCCCUUUCCAUUAGCUGCAGAGAGUUUGCUGAGCUUAGAUCUGUGCCUUCGCUGUAACUUCAGGGGGUUUCAGUGUGAGAGUUAAGUUAUACUUUAAAUAGAUAUAUUGAUAUAUAAACAAUAGACAGAUAUGUAUGUGUACAUAAAAAUAUAUAAAGGUAUUCAUGAGCAUAUACAUAAAUAGUUACACUUUAUUUUCAAGCUUUAUUUUAUAUAUAUCUGUCAGUGUUUUUCUUUCUAUGUAUCAGUAAGUGUUCCUUUCAUUCCUUAUUUGCUGAGACGGCCAGUUUUGUCACGUCAGAGGUCCAGCUGGCUGACUUUAGGUUCGGAGAGUUUUCUCUCACCACACCCUAGAGAUGAGCCAAAACGCCUUUCGGUUUGACACUCUGACUCGCGUGCAAUGUUUUACUGUUGAUCAGUUAGGGCUGCUCAGUGCUCAAUGUAUUGAACAUGGCCUGGGCCAACAAUCCAUAUUUUACACAUUUCAUCCCAGCAAAAAAAGCCAUCCAUUUAUUUCAUAUUUCCAGUGUUUCCACAUUCAGAGUGCCAGAGCUGUGUUCAAGAGACUUAGCCGUGAAAGCAGGUUAAGCAUCAUACUGUAUUCCAGUUGCCAAGAUCUUUGUUGUUUUGUUUAUUUUUUCCAUGAUGUUGCCAACAGCUCUCCACUGCCAAACAUUGACCAUACCAUGUGCCUGA